CCUCUCCUCACUCUGAUCCGCUGCAGUGAGCGCUCCCACAGGCCUGUGGAGACCAACUGUCAUGAAAGAGAAAGUGCUGCAUACUCAGAAUGGCUGCCACCCAGGCGCUGAUGCAGGGAAGCAGAUCAUCCAGUGCUUCAGGUGCAGGGAGCCCUGCAGGGGAGAAGUGCUGCGGGUCCAGGCCAACCACUUCCACAUUAAGUGCUUCACCUGCAAGGUGUGUGGCUGUGACCUGGCUCAGAGCGGCUUCUUCAUGAAGAACGGCGACUACCUCUGCCCGCUGGACUUCCAGAGGCUUCACGGCACGCUCUGCAACAACUGUGGCGAAUUUGUGGAGGGAGAGGUGGUGACAGUCUUGGGGAAGACCUACCACCCUGCCUGCUUUGUGUGCACCAUAUGCAAACUGGCCUUUCCUGCUGGGGAGUGCGUCACCUUCAGUGGAAAGGACUGCCUCUGUCAGCGCUGUGCUCGACCUGUGUCUCCUACACCUAACAACGUCAGCUAUCCCAGCAACUGCUCUGGCUGCGGGCGAGACAUCAAGAAUGGCCAGGCUCUGUUAGCCCUGGGUGUUCAGUGGCACCUUGGCUGCUUCAAGUGUAAAACCUGCAGGAAAGUGCUAAGUGGAGAAUACAUCAGCAAGCAUGGCGUUCCCUACUGUGAGAGGGACUACCAGGUUCAGUUUGGGGUGCAGUGUGAAGCAUGUAAGAAGUUUAUAACUGGAAAAGUCCUCGAGGCGGGGGACAAACAUUAUCACCCCACCUGUGCCAGAUGCAGCCGAUGCGACAAAAUGUUCACAGAAGGGGAGGAAAUGUAUCUGCAAGGAUCAACAGUUUGGCACCCGGACUGCAGAGACAGCAGCAGAACUGAGGACAGUUACAGGGUCAGCAGACCAAAAACACCCUGUCUCGAUUUCUUUUUCCCCCCACACGAACUGAAGCCCACUAGAUCCUCUUCUGAAAGCUCCUGCUCCAGGCCGGGCUCAUGCACUCCAGGGAGUCCCGCUCGAAACAUCUGCGCAAAAGUAGAUAAUGAGAUCAUUGAUUACCGACACUUAGCGGCAAUUCCCAGAGUCAAGGCGAUAUAUGAUAUAGAGCAUCCUGAUAUGAUAUCUUAUAAGUCUGUGAGCGACGACUCCUCUGCUUUGGACAACAAAGGCAACAGACAGGACAGGAAAAGCCCCGCGGAGUCACCAGGAAACGUAUCUGAAACCACAGAGGAGAGUUUUGAAGUGAGAAAGCGCAUACCACAAUCUUCAAGUCACGGGUCCUUUGGAGGUCAUGCGAUGUACAAUCGUCAUAGCUACACUCCAACUCUGUCCAGAUCACCUCAACACUUUCACCGGCCAGGGCUGAUGCUUACUCCUUCUUUAUUUUCUGGCAACAAUGACACCACUUCCCCUUUACAUCACCACUUUCUCCCUCACACCAAAGACGAAGGCUUCAACAUGUACAGGAGGCCUCCGAUCUAUAAACAGCAAGAUCCAAAUUCCUCCCCAUCCCAAACAUCCUCUCUGCCUCAAUACGGUCGCAAUGGCCUCAAUCCGCCACAGUCAGCUGAUUUCUCCCUCUAUAACGGCGACAGAUUCAGAGAUGUGAAGGUCUACCCAUAUGAACUGCUAGCAGUUACCAACAGAGGACGGGUGAAGCUUCCCAAAGAUGUUGACAGAACGAGACUCGAGCGUCACCUAUCCCCCGAUUCAUUCUUUGAGAUCUUUGGCAUGGAGAUUCUACAGUUCGACAGACUUCCGCUGUGGAAACGUAAUGACAUGAAGAGGAAGGCAAAUCUCUUUUAAAUGCUGCCUGAAGCAUGCUUUAACUCAUUGUGAAUAUGCAGUACACAACAAGUCCUGAUCACCUCAUAUGUUUAUAUUCUGAUUUGAAAAAGUUUUGCCUACAGGCUGGAUAAAUUCCGUCUUUUUGGUGACACAGUAUUUGUUUCUAUGUUUCCCCUUUAGUUUCUGUUGGCUGUUGUAAUGCACAAUAUUACCUCAAAGCAGACAUAAACAUGACAACUCAACUUAGCUAUAUUUUUGGCUUCAAUAAUAGAUAGCCGUUGUUAGUUUCCUAUAUCAGUCCUGUUCACCGGGGAUUACGUCCACAUUGGACGAUUCAGCUGUGCACAAUUUACGUCCAUGGUAAAUGCAGAGUGGCAUUUUUAUAGCAUGCUGAAAAGUGAAAAAUACUGAGACGUAACAUAUCAAUCUUUGAUGCUCAAGACCUGGCUUUGCAUCUUGUUUUAAAGCACGUAUCAUUUAGGAAUGAUGUGCAAAACCUUGGAUUAUGAUAAGUGACAACAUCAUUGAGGAGAGCUAAUGCUUUUUUCAAUGACUUAUCCCUAAAAUAUCGGCAAAUACAACAAAUGAAAAAUCAACAUUUAACACAGGAGAAAAUGUAAAAACAGAAAGGAGGAUAGGACGUUAGGCCUGUCAACAUUUUUUGUAAUUCUGAUACAAGAUAUUUAAUGAUGAACUGGAUGCAUUUCACCCAUGUUGUCACUGUUACUACUACGUGAUAUUAUAUUUUUGAUAGUUGAUACUCACUUUGUCGUCUCCUGGUUGUUUAAGCACAACACUGAAAAGAGAGAUUUUUGAGAGCUGUAUUUUGAUGUCACUAAAUAAUCACUAAAAUGUGCUUUAUCGGACUGUAUAAUUAAGACAAUUUGACUCAAAUCUUUGUUUUCUGUUUCCCCCUGACUUAGCUGUGAUAAACAUCACUGUAUAUGUUUGGCACUGCU